UCAUUUCGAGCGAGCCCAGCCACGUCGGCCGCUGAUGACGCAAUGAAACCCUCGACGGUCAUACCGAGCCGUUUUUUUUCGUCUCCGGUAGCCGUUAUCUUGCUCUCCAGGGGCCGUUUAGUGUUGAACCCGAUGAAGAGUGAAACAUGUGUCCGCCGACAGAAGCAGCUUAAAGUCUGUGAGGUUGAGUUUGAGCAGCAGCGACGUGGAUUUGUGCCGGAAACAGGUGAAGACGGACUACGAGCUGCUGCUGAGCCGCUUUCAGCAAACACAGUCCGUCAGCUUCGAGGUCUUCUCCGGCAUCUGGAGGGACAUGAACUUGUCACACAUCUUCUGGUGAUUGGCAGGAGGAGGAGAGUCUGACGGAGGAGCAGAGGAACGUUGUCAGCCAUUUGGUGUGAGCUCAACAACGGAGGAAACAUGGAUUCUUCACGAAAAAAAUGUAAAAACAACAAUGGAGUCAGAUGUCGGACCUCUGAAGAGGAUUAUGAUAGUUCCCCAACCACAACAAACAGAGAUGAAUCGCUGAAUUGUGAGCAAUGUGGCAAGACUUUUAUCACAGCAACAAAGCUAAGAAUUCACCAACGUAUUCACACUGUGGAGAAACCGUUCAGUUGUGAUCAGUGUGGGCUUACUUUCACUUACAAGUGUAGACUAACAGCACAUCAAGUCGUUCACAGUGGAGUUAAAGCAUUCAGCUGUGAUCAGUGUGGGAAGACAUUUACACGGAUGAGUGAUGUAAAAAGCCAUCAACUCAUCCACAGUGGAGUGAGACCAUUCAGCUGUGAUCAGUGUGAGAAGACUUUUAUUAGCAAGAGUAAGUUGACAAGACACCAACUCAUUCACAGUGGAGUUAAAUCAUUCAGCUGUGAUCAGUGUGAGAAGACUUUUACUUCUAAGAGUUAUUUAACAGCACACCAACUCAUUCACAGUGGAGUUAGACCAUUCAGCUGUGAUCAGUGUGGGAAGACUUUCACUUACAAGAGUAAGUUAACAAAACACCAACUCAUCCACAGUGGAGUUAAAUCAUUCAGGUGUGAUCAGUGUGGGAAGACAUUUUCUCAGAAUGGUGAUUUAAGAAGUCAUGGACUCAUCCACAGUGGAGUGAGACCAUUCAGUUGUGAUCAGUGUGGGAGUACGUUUAUUACCAAGAGUAAGCUAACAAGACACCAACUCAUUCACAGUGGAAUUAGACCAUUCAAUUGUGAGCAGUGUGGGAGGACUUUUACUCGGAUGCAAAAGUUCAAAGACCAUCAACUCGCCCACAGUGGAGUUCGACCAUUCAGCUGUGAUCAGUGUGGGAAGACGUUUAUUCGAAUGGAUCAUUUAAGAAAACAUAAACUUACCCACAGUGGAGUUCGACCAUUCAACUGUGAUCAGUGUGGGAAGGCUUUUACUCGAGUGGAUCAUUUAAAAAAACAUCAACUCACCCACAGUGAAGUUAGACCAUUCAGCUGUGAACAGUGUUCGAAAACUUUUACUCAAAAUGAACAGUUAUUGAACCAUCAGUGCCCACAGUCAGAGAGAAGCGGUAUCACUGUGACUCUUGUGAAAAAAGUUUCAAGCACCAACGGAACCUAAAAUGUCACCAACGCAUCCACACUGGACAUGAUGUGUACGCAUGUGAUCACUGUGGCAAACCAUUUAUAAAGUAUGCACUGUUAAAAUCCCAUGAAGUUACCCACACCGGGGUUAAACCAUAUCAAUGUGACCAGUGUGGGAAAGGCUUCAACUUCAAUGCCAACCUAAAAGUUCAUCAACGUGUCCACACAGGGGAGAGACCACACAGAUGUGAGAAAUGUCACAAGACUUUUGUGACAGCAACACGGUUAAGAAUUCACCAACGUAUUCACACUGUGAAGAAACCAUUUGUUUGUGAGCAAUGUGGGAGGACUUUUACUCGAGUGGAUCAUUUAAAACAACAUCAACUCACCCACAGUGAAGUUCGACCAUUCAGCUGUGAUCAGUGUGGGAGGACUUUUACUCGAAUGGAUUAUUUAAAGAAACAUCAACUCACCCACAGUGAAGUUCGACCAUUCAGCUGUGAUCAGUGUGUGAAGACUUUUACGCGAAUGGAUUAUUUAAAAAAACAUCAGCUCACCCACAAUGAAGUUCGAACAUUCAGCUGUGAUCAGUGUGGGAAGACAUUUACUCAAAAUGAACAGUUGUCGAUCCAUCAAUGCCCCCACUCUGGGAGAAAGCUGUACCACUGUGAUUCCUGUGAAAAAGCUUCAAGCAUCAACGGAACCUAAAAUCUCACCAACGCAUCCACACUGGACAUAAUUUGUACACAUGUAAUCACUGUGGAAAAUCAUUUGUAAAGUACGCACAGUUAAAAUCCCAUGAAGUUACCCACACUGGGGUUAAACCAUACCACUGUGACCAGUGUGGGAAAGGCUUCAACUACAUUACCAGCCUAAAAAUUCACCAACGUGUUCAUACUGGGGAAAGACCACACAGAUGUGUACAAUGUCGCAGGACUUUUAUCACAGCAACACAACUAAGAAUUCAUCAACGUAUUCACACUGUGGAGAAAGUGUUCAGCUGUGAUGAGUGUGGGAAGACUUUCACUGAAGUGGAUCAGUUAAAUAACCAUCAAAUCACCCACAGUGAAGUUAAACCAUUCAUCUGUGAUCAGUGUGAGAUGGCUUUUACUCAAGUGGAUCAGUUAAAUCAACAUCAACUCACUCACAUUGAAGUAAAACCAUUCAGCUGUGAUCAGUGUGAGAUGACUUUUACUCAAGUGGAUCAGUUAAAUCAACAUCAACUCACCCACAGUGAAGUAAAACCAUUCAGCUGUGAUCAGUGUGAGAUUACUUUUACUCAAGUGGAUCAGUUAAAUGACCAUCAACUCACACACAGUGAAGUUAGACCAUUCGGCUUGGACCAGUGUGGGAAGACUUUUACUCAAAAUGAACAGUUAUUGAUCCAUCAAUGCCCACAGUCAGGGAGAAAGCAGUAUCGCUGUGACUCCUGUGAAAAAAGCUUCAAGCACCAAAAGUACCUAAAAUGUCACCAACGCAUCCACACUGGACAUAAAUUGUACACAUGCGAUCACUGUGGCAAACCGUUUGUAAAAUAUGCACAGUUAAAAUCCCAUGAAGUUACCCACACUGGGAUUAAACCAUUUCAAUGUGACCAGUGUGGGAAAGGCUUCAACUACAUUACCAGCCUAAAAAAUCACCAACGUGUCCACACUGGGGAGAGACCAUACAAAUGUGAGAAAUGUCGCAAGACGUUUAUGACAGCAACACAGCGAAGCAUUCACCAAUGUAUUCACACUGUGAAAAAACUAUUCAGUUGUGAUCAGUGUGGGAGGACAUUUACUUUAAAGAGUACAUUAACAAGGCACAGAUUCAUUCACAGUGGAGUUAAACCAUUCAGAUGUGAUCAAUGUGGGAAGACAUUUACUGUCAAGAGUACUUUAACCAAACAUCAACUCAUUCACAAUGAAGUUAAACCAUUCAGCUGUGAUCAGUGUGGAAAGAGUUUUAUUGACAAGAGUAAAUUAACAAAUCACCAAUUCAUUCACACUGGAGUUAAACCUUUCAGCUGUGAUCAGUGUGGGAAGACCUUUACUCGGUUGCAUCAAUUAAAAGACCAUCAACACACCCACAGUGAAGUAAAACCAUUCAAAUGUGAUCAGUGUGGGAAGACUUACACUCGGUUGAAUAAUUUAAGAAACCACCAACUCACUCACAGUGAAGGUGAACCAUUCAACUGUAGUAGGUGUGUGAAAACCUUUACUGAAAAUGAGCAGUUAUUGAUCCAUCAAUGCCCCCACUCUGGAAGAAAGCGGUAUCACUGUGAUUCCUGUGAAAAAAGUUUCAAGCACCAACGGAAUCUAAAAUGUCACCAACGCAUCCACACUGGACAUGAUGUGUACGCAUGUGAUCACUGUGGUAAACCAUUUGUACGGUAUGCACAGUUAAAAGCCCAUGAAGUUACCCACACCGGGGUAAAACCGUACCAAUGUAACCAGUGUGGGAAAGGCUUCAGUUACAUUGUCAACCUCAAAACUCACCAACGUGUCCACACUGGGGAGAGACCAUACAGAUGUGAGGAGUGUAAUAAGACUUUUACAACUUUGGAGUAUCUGAAAAAACACCAACAGAUCCACACCAGUGAGAGACCAUACAGAUGUAACGAAUGUAACAAGACUUUUACAACUUUGGAGUAUCUGAAAAAACACCAACAGAUCCACACCAGGAAGAGAACCUUCAAUCAACGUCACAGUGAGAGCAACACAGAUGGACAAAACUCUCAGACUUGUCAGCACUCUGCCAAUGGUGAACAGUGCUGUUGUGACCAGUGUGGACCAACGUCCAACCAACAAGGAACCCUGCAAUGACACCAGCAUAUGCAUAAUGGACACAAACGGAACCCCUGCCAAGAAGAUUUCCCCAUGCCGGGGUCAGUAAAAGUUCAUGACAUCUCCCACAAAGUUAAAGUCCUUGAGCUCAAACUCCACAGAAUUCACAUUUAAUCUUUGUUUAUUGUCUUUGUUAAUGUUGCACUCGAUGAGUCAUCAUUUAAUCGUCUGUCAGUGUUUUCUGAAAUAUUUCCUUAAUUUCUUCUACAAAAUAGAAAUAAAGGAUUAGCAAGUAUAGUUCGUAUAAGGAGCUGUUGCCGCUUGGAAAUGUUUUCAUAUAUCAUUGCUUUUAAACUUUAAAUCAAUGACCAAGGAAAAAACAAGUGAAGGAGGCCACCAAGACACCUAUGACUCCUAUGAAGGAAUUCCACUUUCAGCAGCUGACAUGGGAGAGACUGUUCAUCCAUCCAUCCAUCCAUCAUCCAUACACCACUUAAUCAUCAUUAGGGUCGCGCUGAGGCUGAAGCCAAUGCCAGAUGACUGGGGGUGAAGGCAGGGGACACCUGGACAGGUUGCCAGUCUGUCGCAGGGCCACAUAUACAAUCACAUUCACAUUCACACCUAUGGGCAAUUUAGAAUGAUCAGUUAACCUCAGCAUAUUUUUGGACCGUGGGAGGAAGCCAGAGUAUCUGGAGAAAAGCCACGCAUGCACAGGGAGAACAUGCAAACUCCAUGCAGAAAGAUCCCAGGAAAGCCGGGACACGAACCAGGGAUCUUAUAGCUGGAAAAUGAAAGUGCUGUUGAUUCAAAAAGUAAACAUAGAAAUCAAGUACAGUGUCAAUAAAGAGUAGUCACCCCCUUUAAAAGUUUUUCCCUUGUCAUUCCUUUUGAACAGUAAAUCAUGAGUGACCAAAAAAGAGACUAGUGAAGGAGGUCACCAAGACACCUAUGACUCCUCUGAAGGAGUUCCAGCUUCAUCAGCUGAGAUGUUAGAGACUGUUCAUCCAACAACUGUUGUCUGUUUUUCACCAGUCAACGCUUUAUGGAGACAAAGAGAAAGACUCUGUGAAGAAAAAUUCUUAAGUCUGGACUAGAGUUCACCAGAAGACAUGUGGAGACUCUGAAGUCACCUGAAGAAGGUUCUUUGGUCUGACUUUCUCUUUAUACUUUGGUGCUCUGCUGUAGUGAGCAGACUGAAAAUCCUGGUUUGAGCUUCAUCACGAUGAACCUACUUCCUUUUUAAAAAAAUGAAAUUGUAGCUUAUGUAUUGUUAAGUGUUGUCUUGUUCAGUUGUUUUAAUGCUUAAUCAUUAAACUUUACUUCUGGCAUUUCAUUUAAA